CUUUUGUUUUCUUUCUUUAUUUUUUUCUUUUUGCUCUUUCUUUUUGCUUUUUCGAUUUCUUCUUUUUGCAAAUAGGCGUUUCUAAUUUGGUGCUGGGUCGGUUGCUUUUUUGGUUUCUUCUUUCUGCGGGUAGACCCUUUACGACUUCAUGUUGCGUUGGUUGUGCCUACCAUGGCUAAUGAUCCUUCUACUUCUAGUUUUUUGUCGAUUUUGGCUUCUGCUGAUGGCGUGGGUACUCCACCUUCUUCUUCUUUGUCUAAGUUUUUUGAUGUUUUCUACCUUCCCCAUAAUGCAGAUGGGAAGUUUGUUGUGAAAGGUGUUUCACGCCAUGUGGAGAAGGAUCCUGUGAUUCCUUCUAUUCCUACAGAGGUUCCUUUGGUUUCUUCUUCAAAGGGUGGAAAAGUUGUUCUCCCUCUAGGCUCAAUGAAGGUGUUCUGCGAUCUUGAUAAGGUGUCUUGGGUUACCAGUAGUUGUGAUGUGGAUGAGAUUAGGGAGAUUUAUAAAGAGAACUUGAUAGAUCCGCAGGUUUUUCCUCCUCAACAUCCCAUGCAUCGUGCGGCAUUUCAAUGCCUUCCUCCUGACAUGUGUGUCUACAAGGAUCAAUUUGCAUGUGGGUUGCAUUUUCCUUUGCAUCUUUUUUUUCUUGAAAUCUGUGAUGAAUUCUCUAUUAGCCUUCCCCAAUUGGCUCCUCGUGCUAUUGCUUAUAUUGUUGCCUUUAUUGUGAGAUGUUUCCUUAUAUUCUGAAAUUUACAUUAACCUCUAUAGCACAUCUUGCAUAGCUUUUGUCAGGGUACACCAAAAACUUGCUCACCGCUUUUGCUUGUGUAACUUCUAGUUAGGUAUUUAUGUACCCCCAAACUUACUCAUAGCUUUUGCUUGUGUAACUUCUACUUAGGUAUUUAAUGUACACCCAAACUUGCUCAUAGCUUUUGCUUGUGUAACUUCUACUUAGGUAUUUAAUGUACACCCAAACUUGCUCAUAGCUUUUGCUUGUGUAACUUCUACUUUGGUAUUUAAUGUAUACCCAAACUUGCUCACAGCUUUUUGCUUGUGUAACUUUUGCUUGGGUAUUUAAUGUACGCCCAAAGUUGCUCACAGCUUUUGCUUGUGUAACUUCUGUUUGGUUAUUUAUGGACACCCAAACUUGCUCACAACUUUUGCUUGUGUAACUUCUACUUGGGUAUUUAAUGUACACCUAAACUUGCUCACAGCUUUUCCUUGUGUAAUUUCUGCUUGGGUAUUUAUGUAUACCCAAACUUACUCACAGCUUUUGCUUGUGUAACUUUUGCCUGGGUAUUUAAUGUACACCCAAACUUGCUCACAGCUUUUUGCUUGUGUAACUUCUGCUUGGGUAUUUAAUGUACACCCAAAUUUGCUCACAGCUUUUGCUUGCGUAACUUUUGUUUGGAUAUUUAUGUACAUCCAAACUUGCUCGCAACUUUUACUUUUUGCUCGGGUAUUUAUGUACAUCCAAACUUGCUCGCAGCUUGUUCCUUCGCUUGCGUUACUUUUGCUUGGAUAUUUAUGUACAUCCAAACUUCCUUGUAGCUUUUGCUUUUUACUUGGGUAUUUAUGUACACCCAAACUUGCUCGCAGCUUUUUGCUUGCAUAUUAUAUCAUCUUAAGAUUUUCUCCUGCGCAGGUUUAGAGUAGAA